AUGGCCACAUUUUUAACAGAAAAGAUCGUGAAGGAUUUAAAUUUGAAUCGAAUGAAAAACGAUAUUUCGGUGUCCGGAAUCGGAGGAAUAAGGACAGAAAAAUCAUUGGGAAGUGUUGACAUUGAAUUUACAGCUCGAUACCCGACAAGCUUCGUGGGAAGAACCAGAGCAAUUAUCUUAGGUAAGUUAACGUCGUUAGCACCGAUUGCACAGGCUAAAGCAAAAAUUGAACAGUGUCAUGAAUUUGGCGAACUAGUUUUAGCCGAUCCUGAUUUGAACAAGGUAUUCAAAAUUGACGCAAUUUUGGGAGCUGAUGUCUUUGCAGCAAUUCUACUUCAAGGAGUAAUUAAGGCAGAAUCAAUGGAGCUGGUCGCUCAAGAAACACAACUAGGAUGGAUUCUUUCAGGCGUCAUCGAGAGAGCAUCGAACGCGGAUUCAACCACGGUAAGUCUCAUCACCACAAUCGAAGAAUUAAAUGAAAACAUGAAAAAAUUCUGGGAAAGUGCGGAAAUAGGUGAGCAAAGCAUGCUUUCUGAGGAAGAAACAUAUUGUUUAUCACACUACGAAGAAAAUACG